CUUUUGCUGGGAAUUGAAAUAGUAAUGGUGAAUUCAGAGACGAACCAUCUGGCUCUUACUCUCUCUCUCUCUCACUGUUUUCUUCUCGCACUUCUCUCUUCUUUUGUUCUCACAACUCUAUUUCAGAAACCAGUAGAGUUUGAGCGAUCCACCGGGGAAUAUGGGAGAUUGAGAGAGGAUUCGAAGGACCCAGAUCCGCCAGGGGAGAUACCGUCAAUGAGCUCGCACUCGCUGUAGCAGAGAAAAGUUGGAGAGCUUUUCACUGGCAUAACCGAAUUUUCUGCACUUUGGUAUAUUCACGUGAUUUGGGAAUCCACGACGUCAAGGUCUCAAACCUCCCAAAGUUGUAAAGAGAAGAUUUAGUUGAAGACCCUAAUCUAUAGGUUGCAUUCUGGUUUCAGAUGAUUGUUCAAUCUUUCACUAUAUCUGAUAUCUCGAAGGCUCAAAGAUUUGUCCUGUUUUCUUCUAUUAGCUACUCAGAGAAGAGUGGAAAUCUAAGUUGCUCUAUGGAUCUGAAAGGUACAGAGAGUGCUCACAGAGGAGGUGGAUGCGCAGAUCUUAGCACAUUUGAGGUGGCCAUUUUUUCUAUCGAGUUUGUUUUCUCAGUUAUAUUACUUGGGGGUUUUAUCUCACUUUCAUUCAUCUUAUGGAUUCAUUUUUGUUCUUUCGAGGGAGCAGCUGAAUAU